UUAAUUAUAAUAACUUUAAACAAAAUUAAUUACUUGCCCUUACCUGAAUAUACCAAACAGUUUUUCAAAUAGAGCAUGGAGAGCAUAUCUUACUUAUAAAAUCAUGAGUAUGAAAUUAAUUUCAUCAAGAAAUUUACAAGCAUUGAAUGUAUAGGCAAGAAGUGGUCCAAAAUUUUUUAUUCAACCCUAUCGAUAUUUUAACUACAGAAUAACAAUGUAAAACUUUCAUUUUCGUUCAUUCUACAUUCAACAACAAAAAGAGUUCCUCGCCGUUUGAUAUUGAUAGGAGAAACAAUUUAAGAUGUACACAACAAAAAUCAAAACCACAUAUUCAGAAAUAAUAACAAUUACAUGAAUUUCUUAUCAGAGACCUGAAAAGGAAGCAUCAAAGGUGUGGGUUGGCAAUUUAGUUCCUAGAUUAGUUUGUUUAAGAAAAUCUAUGAGAACUUGUUGGGACACUACAAACUACAAAAUUUUCAAGUCCCAAAAACUGCACACCUAAGUAAUUGCAGAUAAAACCACCCUCUACAUGUUAGCCAUGUCAAAGCCCAAGGCAAUUAGUGUCCCAAUGUGACCCCAAAAAAAGCCAAUAACCCCUCUCCCCCUCGAAUAAGGCUAGAAACAAGGAAUCAAAGCUCCUCGGGCAAAAACCCCAGUCACUUGUAUUUGUUUAGGUUGCUGAAGCUCUCAGGCCAAGGUGAUGGCUUGGCCCCCUUACUAGUAAAAGGGUGAAGGAUGGGAAACACUAAAAACCAGCACCCACGUUCUCCCUCUAUCUUUCUCCCUUUAUUUAUUCAAACAAACCCCCCCUUGACAAAAUGUAGUCUAGCCCCCCGAGGCCUUAUUAUAUUCCCCCAUGCUCCAUAAAUACUCUUCAAGCUCCAUGUCUCUCUCCAUCUCUCACUCGUUCCAGUCACAGUUUUCUUGUUUGUUCCUCUUAAAUCCUAGACAUCAAAGCUUAUGUGAUCAUGGUAUGUGUUUCAAAAACUUUAGAUAUCUCCAUUCCAGAGGAUGAACCUCAAUUGGGUCUCAAUGAUUUUCCCGCUAAUGCAGGGAAUUAGGAAGCCAGCAUGGUUAGAGGCUCUGGACACUCAGAAGUUCUUCAUUGCUUGUUCCUUCCAUGAGAAUUUGAAGAAAAAUGAGAAGAACAUCUGUUGCUUGGAUUGCUGCAUUAGCAUCUGCCCCCACUGUGUGCCAACUCACAGAUACCAUAGGCUAGUGCAGGUGAGACGAUAUGUUUAUCAUGAUGUUGUGAGAUUAGAAGACCUCGAGAAGCUCAUUGACUGUUCUAAUGUUCAGUCAUAUACAAUUAACAGCUCCAAGGUGGUCUUUCUUAAGAAACGUCCUCAGAGCAGGCAAUUCAAGGGGUCAGGGAACAUUUGUACCUCUUGUGAAAGGAGCCUUCAGGAGCCUUAUGUUCAUUGCUCCUUGGGGUGUAAGGUGGAUUAUCUAUUGAGGCACAAAAAGGACAUCUCCCCGUACCUGAAGACAUGCGAGUCUCUACAAUUGAGCCCAGAUUUCUUCAUCCCUAAUGAUGCAUACAGUGGAGAUGAUGAGGCCAAUGAGACAACUCAUUCAACCAUUGUAGAAGGCGAUGAGCCUCUGGGCUCAUCAGACUCAGAGAAUUUCAGCAUGCCAUGCACUGGGUUCACGCGCAAGAAGCGGAGUGGGCUCUACUUCUUUGCAAGGUCAACGAGCAGUGUUUCUGAUGAGGACAUGGCCACAAACAUGAGCAGAAGGAAAGGCAAACCACAUAGAUCUCCUUUGUGUUAGGCUGAUAAUCUUGACCGCUCCUUUGUCCCCCUCCCUAUUAAAGUAUCAGGGUUAUUGGAUUUUUUGACUUAAUGGUUCUCUUUUCCAACCUUUUGAUGUACAUUUUUCUGAGAAUUCCCUAGUCAAUUCUUCAACUUAGUCAUGACUGAGGGAUUCUUGUUCAUCAUGCAGCAAAUAAAAUCUUGGUGUGCAUUUCUCAGAAUAAAAGUAGCCUUUUUUCACCUGGAAAAUACUAAUGAUAGCAAAUAAACUUCAGUGGUUUUCAAGCAAUUUGAUAUUACAGAAAUUGCUGAGUAAACAAAAAUUUGAUAAAGUUGAUGAUUCUAGAGUAAAUAAUAUAUGAACGUGAACGUGAUGAAGUAUACAAUUGCACAAUGAUGUUCUCAAAGUUAAUCUAAUUGAAAUAAACUGACAGCUUAUCCAGAGAGUUAAUAAGCAGACAGAAGCUUUCAACAACAUAAACAAACCUUUAUAAGUCAGUUGAUUUUCCAAUAAAUUUAAGUAUUUACGCUAUGGACCAUACCAUAUAUCUUUAGCACGUCUGUCAUCCUGGUCUGCAACUGUUUAUCCCCAGAAUACCAGAUCUAAUAAAUCACGGUAAAAAAGUUAAGGUUCUCAGAGUAAAUAAUAUACAAUGGUGAAGAGGACAUAGUUAAGUGGCAGUAAUAUGCUCUGUAAGUUCAUCCAAUUUAAGUAAAUUUGUGGCAGAUCAUUUAAGUAAAUUUGUGGCGGAUCAAAUGAAUUUAUAAUUGAAAGAAAUUUCAGAAUCUCAAUGAAAUUCAUUGACGACAAUGAUAAAGUUUCAUUAUUUAGAAUGAGGGAACAAAAUUUAUGUGCAGCCUUUUUUAAGACCGUGCACUUCCUCAACAAAGGCAAUAGAAUAAACUGAUGUGGCCCAUUAUGUUUGCCAAUUGAAUCAACUAGCAGGAAGCAAUAUUGAAAUUUAUAAAAAUAUAUGCCACUAGUUGAUGUUUCCACCAGCAAGAAAAACUUAAAUACAACUAUGCAAUGGACCUUUUUAUUGAACUUCUUUGUUAUCUUAGCACCUCUUUCAUACCAUUAUGUACCAAAGGAAGCUGAAUUAAUGAUUCACGGUAAGCAGACCCUUGAUUUAGAAAACAUUCAAUUAAACUAAGAAAUAUUUCUCACAAUCAUGUAUCAGUAUCACAGUGUUUACCCUGUGAAGUUGCGAGCCAGUGCCCAGAAUCUUUUACUUAAUAAGGUCAGUAUUUUAAUCCAUACAUGAUAGAGAAACCAAACCAACCAUUUUAGUUCAUAUAGACAAUGCUUCGUCAGUAUUGGUUGUUAAUUACUAGUUUACAGGAGAGUGCAAGGGACGACGACCUCAAAUACUAAAGGUAUCAUGUUCUGUUACCACUCUAUAAACUUGAAAAGGUAAUAAACUGGAAGUACUACAAGCUAAUGAGCAAAGGCUUAGUCAGAUCAUCUCGAGAUUAGGACAUGAAAUCAAUUGUUUUCUUCUUUCAAAAACUUUGGGAACAGAGAGAGAGAGAGAGAGAGAGAGAGAGAGAGAGAGAGAAACGAGGGCAUGAUCUGUCUUGUGCCUUGUGAUCAUAUGAUUUGGGGCAGCAACUCACAGCUGGAAAGCUUUGGGAGGAGCACUCAUAAGCGUCGGGGUUAUGGUUUUAUUAUAUCUAAACUAGUGCUGUUGGAUCCUUAAAUCAUUGUCACCCUCAUAUGACAAGGAUCCAAAAACAAUUGAAGGGAGUGCCUGUCUUUGACUUUGACUGGAAACACACUCUUUGUUAUGUUGAACUGUGGCACAAAUUGCCAUUAUAAAGGUAAUCAGCAUUUGUUACAAUGUAAAAGAUUAUUGUAAUGACUAAUAUUAGUUAUUAUCGCAUACAUUUGCACAUAGAUGGAAUUCUAAAUUAAAUCCUGUCAUGCCUCAAAGCGAGGUGGUCACCACCACCUCAAGAGAAUUGCAAGAGCAGCCCCUAGAACAAAAUCUGCAUCUGCAGAAGAUAAAAUUCUGCAGAAGUAUGUAAGCACAAAGGCCAAAAUUAUUCUUUAAUUUUCAAAUGAUAAUAACAAAUUUCAUAAAAGGUGAAGAUAGUAAGUCCUAUUAAGCAAAGAUAUAGUAAGUCCUAUCAACCAAAGAGGAAAUUUAUUAAGUGAAAGUGAUGGAAAGUCCCACUGACCAGAAUAAGUGGGAUCCAAGCAAGUAUACUUCACAUCUGCCAGUUAAUUAAACUUUAAAACACCCUGCCUAAUCUAAAAAAUGUGAGAGGUAGUAAUAAGAUGGGGCACUUUGCCUACGUAGCCAACUUAUGAGAAUGGUUUGGAGGGCAAUACAGGUCCCACAAACAAGAAUACAACAUCUACCAUUCAGCUCUAUAAAGGGAUAUAUCCUUGUUUUAUUUGCAAUUUUGCUGCCUCAAAUUAUGUUCCUAUUAGGUCUAGCGUAGUCCUUGUGCACAUCAUACAUGUCCAAACUUUUUCAAUCCAUUGCCAUAAGUUAUUCUCAAUUCAAGCAAUCUCUCACUCUAUCUGACUCACUCGCUUCUUAUCCUACCUUUUAGAAUAUUGUGGCUCAUUUAUCUCACCAUUCUCAUCUCAGCAAUGUCCGUUUUUAGAAAUAUUAUUUCUUUUGGACAACAUGCUAGUCCUUCAGAAAUCAGAAUACUGAAACCACAAGUUCCCUCUUUUGAAGUUUCCCUUCCAGACCAGUGGACUAUCCUUACCUUUCUAAACCUUCAUUAGUCAAACGUGUAAGCUGUGACAUAAAAGAGAAAGUAUAGCUCGCUCAGAAGUCAGAAAAGACAAGAAAAAGUAUUUUAAAAAAUAAAAUAUGGCAUGAUUUGCGGGGCCAACCCUCUUUUCAUGGAAAGAGAGGACCAAUGUGAAAGCAACUUACCUUCCAGAAAUAUUCUGAAAGUGUUCCACUUUAUUCCUCAACCCAGUGUCCACCUUAAGAAGAUCACGGAACAAUAUGCAGUUGUUUCCAUUGGUGGUCUGUGACAAAAGGUAGAUCACAAUACGACGAGUGUUAGAAUAACGCAAAUGAAGGAAAAUCCAGAUUGCAUUUGAUCACCUAAAAGUUGAAUUGAAAUAGUACUAAAAACAAAAAAGAUACAUUGCCUUUACUUCUCACGUUUAUGCUUUAAUUCUCCAUUCAGUAACCAAGCAAGCAGAGGCAUAUGGAAAGCCUAGUUUCCUCUUUUCCCUCCUGGUCUUUCAUAACUUAACAUAGGAUCAGUGAGUAUAAAUACACUUCUAUGCAGUAUAGGAUGAUAUGCAAUCAUUGUUUUGUGACUGGAUGUAUCAAAAAGUGGCUGUUCCCUCAUCAGCAACAUGUUUUGGGUAAAUAAUUCUAAUUGGUGCACUCAGUAACACAAGCCAUGCAAAUGGUAGCUAGUUGGUUUUGCCUCUCUCCACCAACUGAGCUUACAAACCUCAGACUCGAGCUCUUGAAACCAUAGGCAUUUUACUAUAACUUCUUUA